AUGGAGCUUGAGUUGUCACAUUCAGAUAAAAAGGGGGAGAAUGAAAGCAUGAAGACUUUGGUUGCUACAAGGCUGGUCUGUAGGAGUCUGGAAAAGAGGUUCACACGGAGAAACCGUGUUGGAGAUGGUCUUGAUCCAGCUUGUGUUCAGAGCUGGAUAUGUAAUGUGCUUAACCGUGGUGUUGUGGAUCUUGAUCUGUUCAUCACUUUCCUAGGAAAAUUUCCACCAGUGCUUACGUUGAAUUUGAUGAACAAGACAUUGGUUAAGCUGAGCAUAGGGAGUUUGUUUAUAGUCAAGCUUUCUCAUGAUGUUUUUCUUCCUUUGCUUAAGAAAUUAUGUCUUUACUCAAUUGAUUUUGAUGGAGAUCGUAAUGUUGUUGAAACACUUCUAUCUCGUUGCCCUGUUCUGCAAGAAUUUGAGUUCUCAGAAAUGAAAUCUGAGAAGCACCUUCCGGUACAAAUACAAUGGUCGUCUCCAUCCCUAAAGAGACUACGCAUCCGAUUUCAAUACGUCCGCGACAUUUCAUUUGAUUUUCCUAAUCUUGCCUUCUUUGAGAUUUCGUAUGAAGAUGGGAGCAAGUUUCUAAAAGUUAAGUUGGAUUCUCUCAUUGAAGCUAGACUCAAUCAUCUUUCGGACGGAGGGGAAAUAUGGGGACCAGUAUAUGGAAAUGCUCACGUUAAUAUGAUACAUCUCAUCAAUGCAAUCAGUAACGUUAGGGUUCUUCACUUAUCUAGUGUUUUUCAUGAGGGUCUAAAGCACCACAUUUCAAAAAGUACUUGUGGGGAUGUUUGUGUUUGCUAUGGCUCCAAGGAGAAUAGAUCGUCUUGCCUAUCAACAUCUCGAGUGAAAGUGCUGGAAAUAUCAGGUUACGGAGGAGAUAGAAAAGAUCUGAACCAAGUGAAGCAUUUCUUAGCGAAACUGCCGUGUCUUGAACUGGUCAGAAUAAGUGCUGCAAAUGACUUCACAGCGCCCAUUGAUAUAUGUGACCUUUUGACUCUUGACACUCUUCCAAGAGCUUCACCAAAAUGCAAGAUCGAACACAAAAGGAUUGUGUUUGUAUAG